AGACUGCUCUUCAGUCGACAUUUCCUCGAAGGAUAUAUUGCAUUAUUAUUAUUUUCUUUUUUCUUUGUUUGUAGGCUGGUUUUUUCUUCUUUCCCUUUUAAAAACAACAAUCAGAAGUGCGCCCUCUUUUCUUGUACCCUUUUUUGUACCCAUCUUCUUCCCACUUUCCUCUUCUUUAUUAAUACGCACACACACACAUAUAUAUAUAUAUAUAUACACACACCUCUUUUCUUUCACAUAUAUAAAUAUAUAUAUAUAUAUAUAUAUAUAUAUAUAUGUCAAAUAUUUUAGCCUUCAUCUUUCUUUUAGGGCUUUCACAAUAACUCUGAAUAGGGAAAUAUACAAAAGAUGGUGAGAGCUCCAUGUUGUGAGAAAAUGGGGCUCAAGAAAGGCCCUUGGACUCCUGAAGAAGAUCAGAUUCUCAUCAAUUAUAUUAACCUCUAUGGCCAUGGAAAUUGGAGAGCCCUCCCUAAACAAGCUGGUUUAUUAAGGUGUGGAAAAAGUUGUAGACUUCGAUGGACAAAUUACCUAAGACCAGACAUUAAACGAGGAAAUUUCACCCCAGAAGAAGAGGAAACCAUUAUUAAUCUACAUGAAAUGCUUGGAAACAGAUGGUCCACAAUUGCUGCAAGAUUACCAGGAAGAACAGAUAAUGAGAUUAAAAACGUAUGGCACACCCAUUUGAAGAAAAGACUAAGACAAAAGUACGCCACCCCACAACUCAGAAACUACCCCGCCAUGAAUGAAGAACAAUCUAUAGCACAAGAACCCUUCAAAUAUACGACCUAUGAAUCGAUGGGGAGCUCUGCUUUGGCUUUUUCACCACCUCAUUGCUCAAGCGAAAGCUCCUCCAACAUCACGGGGGAGAACGGUGAGUGGUGGACGAAUAAUCUACCGGAGGCGGAUGAGAAUUUUUGGAGGGAAGUUUUGGGGAGCGACCAACAAAUGGCGACGGUGGGAAACCAACAAGGAUUUGGAAGUCAAACUAGUGAAGGUCAAUUUGGUAUUUUUACAAAGGAGCAGCCAAUUCAAGAGACUACGGAUUUUUGGACAAUAUUUUUGCAAGAGGAGGGGAUUUAUCUGAGUUGAAAACAGAUAUUAUGAGGCUAAUGAAACUAAUUACUUUUCUUUA